AGGCAUUCGAAACUACUAAAUCAUAGUUGCGAGCUGUGCACCGUAUGACAUGUUCUUCGGGUCAGAGUCGUCCGCAAGCACUUCAAGAAUUGCGCAGCGUUAUCUACCAGCAGCGCAUUUUUUCGUCUGAUUCUGUCUGAAAAAACACAAUGUGGGACUCGUGGCGCCUGUUCCAUUUUUAACUUGUUGUGGCAAGAACCCUGUGCGCUGCAGGCCGCACCUGGGCUGCGUUUCUCCGCAGCGCAGCGAGCAUACGAACGGAAUCCGGCACAUACGGCCUUCGUGCCGCGACAAUCAGCAACACCACCUUCGACAAGGAACUAGUGACGAGUACAAGUUGCACCCCGACCACGGUGGCACACUGCUCCUCUCUGUUCUUCCGCACACGAGAAAGCGAAAAUGGGGAAGAAAGGUAAGGUUACGUACACUGUGAUAGAUAAAAUACGUAUUUGUCUUGCUGAACAUUGCAUGUCUUCAAUGUUUGAUUUCUUCUGUUCCCCAUGUACUUGAAUCUCGAUGAAGUAGGUAUUAUACAAAAUUAUAUUUCCAGGUAAGAAGUCACGGAGGCAAUUAGAGGAGGAGCUCUUAAAAGCCCAAGAGGAGCAGGUUGCAUUUGAAAUCGAACAGGCGGCGAAGAUAUCAAAUGCAAAAAGUCUGGGUCCGGAAGGAUGCAACUUGUCAUGCUAAGUCUGGAUAGUACACAAAUUUGUGUUGCAUGAUUAACAAAAGGCGUCCACGUUUGAACAAGUGUAGCGGCAGUUUGUGACGCGGGAUAGACAUGAGAGAGACUUCGCAGAACCUGUCAUGCCAGGUCCUGCAUUGAUGCAGGCCUCUUGGGGCAUGCUAAAUAUGAAAGACAAAGUCGCAUUCUUCCAGACCCAGACAUAUUUGCGUUUGAUAGAAGAAAGCAGAGGACGACCGAAUAGCGGCAGAGGAGGCAGAGAAAACCGCAGCCGAGCUAGCAGCGAAGAAUAUGACAGUGCACAACUCCCCCUCCCCCUCAAUUUUAUGGCAUGAAAAGGAAGCAAUACAGACACCAGCCCCAAUGGAGCUUUUGCAUGACAAGUUGAUGUGCCUAGCGUUGUACUGUUUGUGUUUGGGCUUCCGAGAUUUGUCAUGCAAACCGUGCCACAAAGCAACGACAGGAUUUCGGAUUUUGCAUUACAAAUGAGGGGGAGGGGGAGUUGUGCACAGUCAUAAAGAACGAGGAGGAACGACAAAGGCUGGAGGAGGAGGCGCCGAAGGUAAGCGAAGAUUUGAAGAUCGUUUCUGCAAUGACGAUUUGAAAGUGAAUGUAGGGAAUCUAUGUGAAAGUUUUUUCGUUUUGAUGUUCGUGUUCCACAUGACAAACUGCAACUGCUCGUCUUCCCGAUAACUCUGUAUGACGAAUGACUGACAGGCCGCCCAGUUCCAGCAUGACAGUAUGAAGGACCUGGGAUACGAAUUUAUCAUGUCGAAAAUCGCACUCGUCGCCAAAAAUUUUCGGUAUACCGGCUUGCAUGAAAAACUCUGUCUGUCAUGCAUGUAAUUUCGUCAUCAUAAACAAACAAAGGCAAAGCAAGGUCCGGAAAAAAUAAAUGAGUGUGAUUUUCUUGAUGAUACAAAUAGAGAAAAUUCGAUUGGCAAACGAAUGGGAGGAAUACAUAGCGUGCAACACGAAGCCGGACGUCAGGUAUACCGUACAAUAAAAGAGACGACUGUCAUGCGAAAUAAUGUCAUGUGAAAUUUCCACUCUUUCAACCUGUUGAGGUCAUCAAUAUCGAGUUUCUGCAAAGUGUGCAUGACAAACUUUGGAUGCAAAAAAAAACCAAAAACAGGUACGAAGCCGAGAUAUCGGCUUACUGCACAAAUCUGCGAGAAACAGAGGUGUUGAAGUGCGUCGAGGCGCUCAACAAAAGCUUGAAGUCCGAGGAAAAUACGGAACAGAAAUUUUGCGUACAAGAAAUCUAGUGUGGAUGGAGAUUCAUUUGUCAUGCGUCGUGUAAGAACAUUCUAACUAUCGCGACCUAGACUAAUGCAAAACCGACUUUGCGAAUACCAUAAUUGAAAGACUACCAAUCCAAUUAUCCAUCCUUCUCAUAACCGCAAAAUUUCGUUUUCAUUCUUCUCGUCGAGGAUUUGCAGAUAGCGUAUGCAGAGGCCAAGGGCGUGAACAACCUCCAAAAAAUGCAGUGGUGCACAGUAUGCAUUGCAAAAAUGUCUGGGUCUGGAAGGAUGCAACUUGUAAUGCUAAUUCUGGAUCGUGCAAAAAUCUGUGUUGCAUGAAUGCCAAAAGUUGUCCACUUUUGACCAAGUUGAGACAAAGUUUCUCAUGCAGGAUAGGCAUGAUAGGGAUCUGACAGAGUCUGUCAUCCUAGGUCCCGCAUUUCAGACCUCAUGGGUCAUGGAAAAGAUGCAUGACACGUUCGCACUCUUGUUCCAGACCCAGACAUAUUUGCAUUCCAUACACAGAGUUCAUAAACGACUUGCGGGAUUUGGAGCUAGCGAAGCUAGACCAAGCAAUGGCGUUUUUCCUGGGGCACAUCGAGCUAUGUCCUUUGAAAACUCACUGUUUUUGCAGGCUAGUUUGUGAUAUGUGUGUAAAAAAAAUCUGGUUUAUCUAUCAGAUGUCGACUUCGUCCACUUCUACCUAAUUCUCAUGCAAGAAAAUCAGAAUCGUAACGAAACGCGCAUCGCAAAUUGAACAUAUAACAGUGACGCUUUUCAACGGAACACCACCCAAAGCAGAUCAACGCAAGACAGGAAGUCCAGGACGUGUAUUACUUUCGAUGGAAAUGAACAGAUUCAAAUUCCUUUUCGCAUGACAAAGUACGAACAGUUCGGAACAUCCAUUUUUUUUUUUGCUGUAAAUUUCCGCAUGACAAAACGAAAAACCAAAACUUCUCUUGUUCAGCUGGGGAACCAACAAAACGAAAAUCCGGGUUGGUUUUUGGGGUAGCAUAAACCCAGCAUCAAAGUUUCGCGCAAAAGUGGUGGACCAAUAUAGAAUGGGGGUUUUGUUGGAGCUGCCUAAGUCGAUAGCCUCCGGCCACACAAAUACGCAAAUUGGCGUGCGAUCGCUGUAUAGACUUUCUCGAUUUUUCAUACUUGACACUGUAUUGAAGAGGUGAGGAUUCAAUACGUCCAAGUUAGUACGAAACAUUAUUUAGCAGUUUCGGUUCUGAAGUGCAUGACAAGUUUGAUUCCAAAAUUCACACUUCAGGUACACCGUCUAUGACAAUCUAUCAAAAAACACGGGCCCGUAUGGGAUUGGAAAGUCGCUCUCUAUCUGACCAGCAAGGUUAACACAAGCUUGUCAUGCUGUUUGGGCGUCCUUCUCCUCGCAAGCACGUUCCGCUCAAAGUAGUACUCCCACGAGGACUGCCUGUAAAAAAACAAAGAUUAGCAAUAAUGUUGUGCUGCAUUACAAAUUUGAAGACAGUCUUCACAACUAACUUUGUGGCAGUCUAGGCGAGAUGUUCUCAACUUCCAUACCCUCCUCCUUUCCGUCGGGGGAAUCUGCCGCGUGGAGGUCCUCUCGAUUCCGUUCCGGCCAAAAGUGUAUCCACGGGGCGGCUGGAUAAUGAAGCUGGUACUUUCGUAUCUUGAAGUUGUCAUGCAAGUCGCACUUAAACAUUGAUUUGACCCACGACAAGAUGCUCUACUUCGUGAUUAAGAACCAAUCCACGCGGCGUGCGCCGCGUGGGAAAAAGUAUAUACAUCCUUCAGCUUCGUCGACGCAACUGCUUUCAAAUCAAAGUGCAUGACUCGCAGCCCUGCUCCGGUAGAACUGAUAGCCGGAAAACUUCCCCGAAGGCUUUCGAGGAGUGGCAGCGCAGGAGCUUCGCAAAUGCGCCGCGCGUGCGCGCAUGGGGUACGAGUGACACGCCUUUUGUCUGGAAAAGUUUUUGAGAGACAAGGGGCCUGCCUUCCGUCGCAAAACAAGAUGAAGAGCCCGCGACUUUUCAUUUUGUCUCGAAAGUCGGAGCUUUUUUGUUUUCAUUUUGUCACUGACUUCCCACUUCUGGAAAGUGGUCAUUUUGGAAGUCGCUGACUUCUCAUUUCUGGAAAGUUUUCGCUUUGGAAAAGUGAGACACAUCUGAAAAGUUUUUACUUUGAAAAAAGCUCCGUUUCUCGAUGGCCUUCGAGAAACGGAGUGGGAAGUCAGUGAUUCCGCGCUUUUGAAAAAUUCCCACUCUGGAGUCGGAGCCGCGUUCACUCUUCCCAGAGUGAGAAUUUUCGAAAAGUGAGAAGUCAGCGACUUCUCACUCCGUUUCGCGAAGGUCUUCGAGCUCCCGAAGCCCAGAAUCAGGAGAACAGUGCGCGAAGCAUCUAAACGCGUGCGAUAUCCAGUCGGGCUCUUUUCACACGACACGGCGAAAAGCGUCCGACCGGCACAGCGCCGGCGCCUUUGCUAAAAUAAAAGGUUGCGCUUUAUUCGUUUGGCGUUGGCCGGAGCAACAUUUAGAAAACCUUCAGAAGAAUCCUUCAGAAGGUUUUCCGGUCGCAACCUUCAGAAGACCUUCAAGAAGAUUUUCUGACCUUCAGAAGGUCAAAAAAAGUUGCAUCAUUUUUUUCCCGUUUUUUGAUAAAAAGUGGCAAUUUUCGUUUUCCACCUUCAGAAGGUUUCGAAAAAACGACCUUCAGAAGGCCAAAACCUUCAAGAAGGUCAAGAAUUAUUUUUGGUCAACCUUCUGAAGGUUUUUUGGGUCAAAAACCUUCUGAAGGUUACAACACACCUACUGAAGGUCUGAGUCUUCUGAAGGUUUUCAAAAAAGGCGAAAUUUGUGCAAUUCAGGAUCUGAAUCCGUUUCAGUUUUGCGCGCCUAAAAAAGUGCUAAUUUUUGGAUCUUCUGAAGGUUUUUUGAUUCUUCUGAAGAUUCUUCAGAAGGUUUUUCUUCUGAAGGAUGUUAUGACUUUUUCCCUUAUAGUCCUUCAAUUAUAUAGUUUUGCUUUUGUUCAUCAUUUUCCACCCUCAUAUAGCAAUGCACACCUACAUCAGAUUCCGCCCGAGGGAACCCUCCGAUUGAAGCGGUUGCUCUACCCGAAUACCGAGGGCGGCGCGCAAGUAAACCUUGCCACGCUGCAACCCUGCAAAAUCGAGUACAAAGUCCCGGACAACAGCGUGAUAGAGGCAGUCCCGGAAGUGAGUAUUUGGGUGGAAAACGAACCGGCGGAAGGCGCAGAACAGGCGGGCGGAUCCUCCUCUUCAACCUCGACCGGCGGCGCCUGGUCGACGGAGCACAUCUCAGAAGUGCAGUUCGACGAGAACACGCGGAAAAUUUCCUUCUACAGCCUGCGACUAGGAUUUUUCAGUAUCACGCAGCCGAAAAAUCUGGAGUUCCCCUACUCCUACUGGAUCAUAAGACCAAAAUUUCCGGGCGGGGAGGUCGAGCUGCAGUUAAAAACGACGCGAUUCGAGGCACUGUUCAAGAUCAACAACGAGGGAGUGACGAUGUUGGGGCCGGCGCUGCCAGAGCUCAUGUCGACGAUAUUAUUCGACGGUGACGCGCCCCCGCUCCCGGAGGAUAGCGAGGAGGAAAUGCAGGAGAGGAAGAGAAAGGUCUACCACGACCCAGUAAAGCUGCUGCUGGAGCUGAGGGAAUGUGGUAUUAAGAAGAUUGUUUUUGAUUCGAGAUUUUGAUUUAGAUUUUGUGCAUGCUUCGCCUCGCCUUGUGAUUGUCUUCAUGCAGAUGUUUUUUGUCAAGCAAAAUAGCAUAAGAAACGGGAAUCAAUCACACCAGGUAUCAACCUCCUUCCAGAAGACAGUGACGACGUCGGAAAAACCUGCAUCAAAGACGUUGCCGUCGCAAACAUAUGCAUUGCAAAAGCAUCGUACCAGUAUAAAUCGCAUGACAAAUUGCUUCAAGAACAAAACUGGAAUUUGUAAUGCAGAACUAGGUAAAGAAAGUGGAUUUGUCAUGCAUGAUUGCGAUUACUAUGAGUGAGAUACUUUUGCAAUGCAUAAAAAAAGGCCUACGCGGAUUUGGCGACCAUCAGUCUGCACAACGACAUCGUCUUCUCCAAUCACAACAGGACUAUCAAACAUUGGAAAUCUCAGCUAUUUUGAGUUUGUCAUGCUGUUUAGACAUCUGAACAAUAGAUGAACGGAGUAGAAUCAAACACGGUAGGGCAACACAGAAGAAGAACUCUAUAGGAAAAUGAUGUCAACAGUAGCAUGACAAACUUCCAAAUAGCGCAUCCUGGUUUCCCAUUCAUACGCAAACUCGAAAAGGACCAAGCGUGCUUCCGCAUCCGGGCCAACACCCAAUACGACGCGCACUCACCAUUCGACGUGGACAACGACGGCGACUACAAAACGGUGCUGGUUAUGGGGACGGAAAAAAUCACGCUGGUUCCGGGGACGGACCUGAAACCGAAUUUCACGCCGAUCCAAACCCACGCCACGCUCGUCAUGUGCAUGGAGAACAUGGAGCUGUACCGGUCGUCGCUAGAAUCUGUGAAGAUCAUCGAGCGGCUGCGGCGACUCUGCACGGCACUGCGGUUGCUCAGCUUUCACUAGGACUUCAGGCGGAAAAUGAAGGUGUGGUGGAGGAAGGGAGGCUGGGGAAAGGAUGGAUUCAUCUUUCAAAAUAAAACCAUCAGCAACUACUACUUGUAAUGACAAAAUUAGGACUUCUGAACCAACUUACUCGGACUUACACUGUCUCUGUGAGUAGAGCAGAUUGUAUCAAAAGCACAAGGUAAAAUUGUUUCGAGCAAAGUGCGAGUUUUAAGAUUCCAAAUACCAAAUACAAGAUUGAAAAACCGCAAGUGUUUCGCAAGGUAAAAUUAAUCGUUACAGACAAAUUACCGGCGUCACGGUCGAGUGAUGCACGGAUGGCAAUAAAAAAUAAAUAUUUUUGCCAAAGGAUUCCUAGUACAGAAACAGAUAUGCUUAUCGGAGGAACCGGUCACAGGACUUGCCAUCUUUGUACAAACAAACAAAAUCGAAAAACGCCGGCAAUACAAAUUUCACUGGGUCGUGGUUUGACCCGCAGCGGAGUUAGUUAUCGACCAAUGUGGCUGCGCUUUCAAUAGCGUAGGCGUACUUGAAUCUCUA